GGCUAUAAACAGCCCGGAAUGCGAAGCUGAGGUUAUCGAUUCGUUUCUCAUCCAACAGGGAUUUCUUAGGGCAGCAUUUUGGUCAAUCGAUCGCGAUCAUGGUGGAUUUGGCGCAGCUCGCGACGGCAUUGCUCACCAAUGGGCUGAUGCAUGCCGAGGAUUUUGACAAGCAUCUCCCCCAUCCUCCCGCCAGGAGGUACGCUGCCGAAUCCAAGGCCGUGGCUGCCACUGCGGUGGAUGUCAAGGAGAAUUCCUCGUCCUACAUCUUCGAAGCUGACAUGCCCGGCCUCUCCAAAUCCGAUAUCAAGGUGGAGGUCGAGAAUGACAAUGUCUUGUCCAUCACUGGCAAGCGAAAGAGAGACGAGAAAGCUGACGAAGACACCAAGUUCAUCCGGAUGGAGCGCAGGGCCGCCAAGUUCAUGAGGAGGUUCACGCUGCCGGGAGACGCCAAUGUGGAGCAAAUCACCGCGAGCUGCCAGGACGGCGUCCUCACUGUCACUGUGCCAAAGAUCCCGCCCGAGCCACAGAAGCCCAGGACUGUCGAGAUUCCCAUCAGCUAAACGCAAGUUUCAGCUCGAAAGUUUACUCUUGUAAAUUUCCUUUUCUUAAUGCGAACGAAUAAACUUUUCACGCUCA